AUGUCAGAUGACGACGCCGACCCAGAGCUCCUCGAGCUCCUGCGAAAAUCAUUAGGUCUCGGUGCAGACAGCUCGCCAGUAGCCCCAAAGAUCAAAGUCCUCGAACAUGCCGAGUUCGUGUACGACAACUCCCUUGAUGUUGCAAUUGACAUGCGCGGCACGAAAGCUGCCGCGUCUAAGAUAUACAGCCUGAUGCAAGAAAAGAGCUACAGUAGCCAGACUUGGCGAUCCCAUGAACUUCAUCCCAAAUCGAAGGACUCGAAAACUGUUGAGUUCAUUUUUUUGAUGGAUCUUUUGAAUUUCAGUUUCUGGUCGGUAAAGGAUGAUCCGAGCGAAUGCUUUGCUGUAGCAUAUCGCGGGCAAUGCUGGACGGGAUAUUGGAGUCUCGUUGCUGCUCUUCAGCGAGCAUUGGAUGAGGGAUUUCCAAUCACCGACCCAAAGUUCUGGACGGAUGAAACGUCUGCUAGUGACGAUGUCUGGAGAAAGAUCUUUCGAUCCGCGACUGAGGAAGAAAUGCCAAUGCUGGAAGAGAGGAUUCAAUGUGUGCGGGACGCUGGCCGUAUCUUGCAGGAUCAAUACGAUGGUAGCUUCCUCACCACACUCGAGGAAGCCAAUGGAUCUGCUGCAGCUCUAGUAACUACCCUCGCUCGCGACUUUCCUUGCUUUGAUGACAGCACCCGGUUUGAGGGACAAAGAGUCUCGUUCUAUAAACGAGCUCAGAUACUGGUCGCGGAUCUUUGGGCGUGCUUCGAAGGCGAAGGGUAUGGCAAUUUCUCUGAUAUCGAUCAGGUCACGAUGUUCGCAGGUACAAAAAGCUUGUCCCAAUCCCUAGGCCUUUAG